AUGGCUCAGCAGUGUUCGAAGAGACAUGCCGCCGGCAGCCAUGCCGGAUACCUACCUAUCGAGGACUAUGGAAUGAUCGGCAACAUGCACACAUGCGCACUUGUUGGCAUGAAUGGUUCGGUUGAUUACAUGUGUUGGCCGGACUUUGACUCCCCUACCGUCUUCUGUCGUCUCCUCGACAAGGACAAAGGAGGCUUCUUCAGUAUCUACCCUCCCGCAUCCAAGCAUUGCACGACAAAACAGCAGUAUCUCCCAUCCUCCAACAUCCUGCAGACGAGGUACAUCCACGAUGACGGCGUCGUCGACCUCGUAGACUUCUUCCCCCGCCCAAAGACGGCCACCGUCCUGGCCAAGAGCAACCGGCAGAGCGCCUUUCGCGAGACUACCAAGAUCCAGGAGGAGCUCAAGAAAUGGCUCGUCCGCCGCGUCGAGUGCAUCCGCGGCCGUCUGGAGAUGGAUAUUGAGCUCUUCCCCGCCUUCCAAUACGCCACUGAGCCCCACGUCACCACAAUCGUACAACAGACUCACACGCACGGCAACCCCAGCAAGGCCGUGACCUUUCACAGCGAGCACUACAAGCUCCAGCUCGACGUCACGGUUGACGCCGAGUCCGACGACGCCGCCGCACCGUCCGUCACCUUCGCCAAGGAAAAGCGCGACGGCAUGCUCGGCGAGGGCGUGGUCGCGCACAUCACGAUCGAGGAGGGCCAGGCUAUCUCGCUCGUGCUGCGCAACGACAUCCCGGACCACGUCACGGAGGACAUCACCACGGCGGUGCUCGACGGCCAGCAGCACGACACGCAGUCGUUCUGGUACAACUGGAUCUCCAAGAGCAGGUACAAGGGCCGCUGGAGGGAGGUGGUCAACCGGAGCCUGAUGCUGCUCAAGAUGAUGACCUACGAGCCGACGGGGGCCGUCAUCGCCGCUCCGACAUUUUCGAUCCCCGAAGACAUUGGAGGUGUCCGCAACUGGGACUACCGCUUCUGCUGGGUCCGCGACUCCAGCUUCACAAUCUACAUCCUCCUCCGCCUGGGCUUCUCGGCCGAGGCGGACGCGUACAUGGACUUCAUCAGCGAGCGCUUCAUCAAGUCGCGCGGCCCGGGCGGCGAGCUGCCCAUUAUGUUCACCAUCCGCGGCGAGACCGAGAUCCCGGAGGUCGAGCUCUCCCACCUCGAGGGGUACAGGGGCAGCAGGCCCGUCCGCAUCGGCAACGGCGCCGCGUUCCACCAGCAGUUCGACAUCUACGGCGAGCUCAUGGACGCCAUAUACCUGUACAACAAGUACGGGAAGCCAAUCAGCUGGGAUCAGUGGUGCUCCGUGAGGGAGAUGUUGGGUGAGGCCCUCCUGAAAUAG